UCACAUUACUCGACCGGCAGCCCACGCAUUCACUUUGCCUUCGCUUUAGCCUUUGUGCUGCUACUACUAACUUGCAAGGGACGUCGGCGACGGCCAGGCCGGCGCACCGCUCGGCGGCCCGGCCAGCCCACCCAGAGACCACCUAGCCAUGGCGUCCAGGUGCUUCUUCCCCAGGGACGCGUCCGCCGCCGCCGACGGCCGGCACCAGCAGUCGAAGGCCGCGGCGGAGGCCCUCGAGCAGCUGCGCCACGGCGGCCGCCUCCUGUCCCGGGAGGACGUGGGCGGCGCGGUGCGCGUCAGGAUCGUCGUCAGCAGGCGCGAGCUCAAGCAGAUGGUCGCGGCGCUCGGCGACGACGACGGCGCUGGCGCGGCGGCGGCGGCGGCCAGCAGCGAGCGCCGCCACCGGCAGCGUGGCGCGGGCGCGGGCGCGGGAGCGGGGCCGGGCGCCGAGCAGAGGCUGCAGUCGCUGCGGCGGCGCAGCGCGCGGAGGGCGGCCGAGGCGGCGCGCCGGACGAUGCAGGCGGGCGGGGAGUGGGAGCCCGGCCUGCAGAGCAUCCCCGAGGAGGUUUACUAGCUAGUAAUCUCUGCUUCACUAAUUAUGGGUUGGGUUGGGUACGUUUUGAUCACUGCCUCGCUGCUAAGUGCUACUAGUAGUAGAUGCGUGUGUGUGUACAGCGCUGUUUUUGCUCUGGACCCUCGUUAUCAUGGGUUCCAUUCCAAUGCCUGCUUGACAUAGUCCUCUCCGCGAGUUUCUGCAUUUUGCUUGCCCUGUGACUUUUUUUUGGGGGGUACUAUUAUGGACCAAAAGGGGAGGAAACUAAUACAUGUGUUCUGGACUGGACCUUGGAUCACGAUACAAAGUGCUGAUGGUGAUUGAUGAACCGCAUGGUCUCAAUAUAAUUCUGGAGUACCGGCAUCCAAGCUGUAGAUGAUGGAACGAUGGGUGAUGGGUUAUGUGUGGAGGAGCUGGUUCAUAUUAGCUGCCGCCUGCCGGUGCCAGGAUUUUUUUUUUCUUCUGUUUUCUACCUUGGUCCGGCAGUGAAUUCCUUUUCCUUGCCGGUGUUCUGUGCGUACGUGACGCUGUGAGCCCGUGAGUGGAAACGGUGAACUCGACAUGUGCAUGUACAAUUCACUGUCGAGCAAUAGUUUUUAAACUUUUUAUCA